AUGGGAAGAGAAGACAUCGAAUUCAAGACCUCGGAUAGGGUCACCUUGAGAGGAUGGUUCUACAGCAGUGAGCUCGCGACUUCGCCCAAAUCUCCAUGUCUGGUCAUGUCCCAUGGCUUCUCAGCCCUGAAGGAGAUGGACCUCAACACCUUCGCUGAACAUUUCAUCUCAAAACUUCCGAUCCAUUGCCUGGUUUAUGAUAACCGUGGAUUUGGUGACAGCGAUGCCGCCGAGGGUGAACCACGGAGCGAGAUCGUCCCCAUGACCCAAUGCAGCGACAUGUCGGAUGCUAUCACGUACGCAGCCUCGAGGCCCGAGGUCAAUGCGGACAAGAUUGGCAUCUGGGGAUCGUCUUACAGUGGUGGCCACGUUCUUUAUGUCGGCGCCGCGGAUCGAAGGGUGAAGGCCGUCCUCAGUCAGGCGCCCUGCGUGAGUGGUUGGGAUAACUUUAAACGCCUCGUGCGAGGGGACUUUGAGGUCGGAUUCAAUGCGGCCUUUGCAGCAGAUCGACAAGCGAGAGCAGAAGGCAAAGAACCGAUAAUGGUGCCUGUGGUUGAUGCUGACCCACUCAAGCCAUCUGCCCUGCCUACACCUGACAGCUACGAAUUCUUCUCUGCCUGGGAGAAGAAGUGCAACUGGAAAAAUACUGUGACCAUGAAGACUGUUGAGCUCUUUAGGGCCUAUGAACCACAGCAACUUAUCGACAAGAUCUCACCGACGCCCCUACUCAUGACUAUCGCACGUGGUGAUGUCCUUACCCCGGCUGAUUUGGCGUUGGGCGCAUUCGCUCGCGCCAGAGAACCCAAACAACUGCAGCUCUUGCCGUGUGGACAUUUUGAAGCUUACUCUGGCCCGUACUUCGAGCGAAACGCAGGGACCCAGACCGAGUUCUUGAAGAAGUGGUUGGUCGAGGAUUGAAGAGGUGUCUUGGGUUCUCGUCAGACGGACAGCAUUGAGAUGAGAUGAGAGUUUCAUAGCCACAAAUUGCACAGUUUAUCUAAUACAAACUUUGGACAUACAGAAUAU